AAGGUUUUAGGAAUCAUUGUUUAAUUUUUUUAUUUAAAAAAAAUUGUUUGACCCAAAAAGCAGAGAAGGUAGUGAGAGGGUGAAGAACAGAAAGGGUGUGAAGUGAAGAAGCAGAUCUGAAGUGAAGAGGUGAAGAAGAAGAAAGAAAAAAGAAAAAAGAAAAAUCCCAGUAAUUAGAGAGCCCAAAGUUGAAAACUUUGGAUCAAAGGUUAACAAAAAACAAAACUUGUUAUGCUUUGAGCCUUCUUUCUUGGUCUUCACCCCCCAAAAAAUGCCUCGCCCUUCUUUCCAUAAGGUUAUUCUAACCACCACUCUUCAAUCCAAGCAACUGAGAGUACCAGAUAAUUUUCUGAGAAAAUAUGGGGGUGAGCUUUCCUCCUUUGUUAACCUGUCUGUUCCCGAUGGUAGUUCGUGGCGCGUGGGACUGAAAAAGGUAGACAACAAAUUUUGGUUCAUUGAUGGUUGGGCAGAAUUUGUUCAGCGCUAUUCCAUCGGUGUUGGAUACCUUUUAGCUUUCAGAUACGAAGGAAAGUCGAAUUUCAGUGUUCACAUUUUUAAUUUGGCUACUGCUGAGAUAAAUUAUCAAUCACCCACACGAAGCAGCAAUGAAGGAUCUUACUUUGCAAAUCGCCUCAAAAUUUUUGAAGAAAUGGAAGAUGAAGACUUCACUGAAUCCAAACCAGCCUUGCAGAAUCUAUUUAACGGGUCAAAACUUAAUAGUGUAAACUGGGGUGAGGGCGGGAAUGCUCUUCCUGCGAAAAGUGCUAGAGAUAUAGGUCUUCAGUUUAAUGCAAUUGAGUUUAAAAAAUCUACUGAUGAACUGAAAUUGCGUGCUUCUUUCGAGGAAAAGGCCAAAAAAACUGCAAGAAAGAAGCGUAAAUCUGAACCUGGAAGUGCAGAAGGCCAGGAAGCUUCUGAUGAACAAGAAGAGGAGAGAGAAAUGCGCAUUAGAUUCUAUGAAAGUGCUUCUGCAAGGAAAAGAACCGUGACGGCUGAGGAAAGAGAAAAGGCUGUCAACGAAGCGAAAGCAUUUGAACCAUCUAAUCCUUUCUGCCGGGUUGUCCUGCGGCCCUCCUAUCUAUAUAGGGGAUGCAUAAUGUACUUGCCAUCUUGCUUUGCAGAAAAGUAUUUGAAUGGUGUUUCGGGAUUCAUCAAACUUCAACACCCUGAUGGGAGACAGUGGCCAGUUCGCUGCCUUUAUCGAACGGGUAGGGCUAAGUUAAGCCAGGGAUGGUUCGAAUUUGCGAUAGACAACAAUCUAGGCGAAGGCGACGUCUGUGUGUUUGAGCUGCUUAGAAUGAAGGAAGUAGUGCUGCAAGUUACUAUAUUUCGCGUCACCGACGAGGCAGAAUUCUUGAGCCCUUCUUUGCUGCUUACCCAAAAUGAGAACCAGGCCAAGCUGUUGAGAAGCCCCAUGCAGCAGCAUCUCCUUACAUCACCUAAAAGUUAGGAAUUAGCGGCGGCUUCAGUCGCGAUAACCGCCCCCUACUCUGUAUCAAUCAAAUGACUCCUCUUGCUUCUGUGUGUUCAGUUAUUCAUCUGAUUUCUGUCACGUGGAACUUGGAUGCUUUUCUUUUCUUUUUCUAUGUUGAUAAACAUUUCAGGAUGACUCAAGUGGAACAUAGUUAUUUGUACUCUUAGUACCUAGUAGUGUCUGUUUUUCUCUGCUGUUAUUGACUUGUGUUGUAAAUAGAUUGUUCAACUGCAAUCUAGUUUUUUCUGAACUGAA